AUGGCUCCAUCCGUCGACUCCAAGAAAGUCUCGGCCACAGCUUCGCCCGACAUCGCCAACCAGGAGAACGUCUCUCCAAAGGGCCAGGCCGGCCAGAAGCCUAGUAAACAACAACAAGUCCGCCAUAGAGCUUCCGUCGCUUGUGCUUCAUGUCGCGAUCGCAGAAUCCGAUGCGUCGUCCCCAAGAACCACUCCAUCUGCACCGCCUGCCAACGAACAGGCGCAGACUGCAUCAUCAAAAACGACGACGAGCGGAGACGACCCAUCUCCAAGGCUUACAUGUCCUCUCUCUCUGAUCGAAUCUCAAUGCUCGAAGGCAUGCUCCGGGACAAAGGCGUUGUGCCACCUCCUGCUGCCCACCCGCCCAAGACGAGGCAUGAUGCCACGUCCAAAGCACAGGAAGAUGGCGAAUCAGUGUCGAGCCUUCCGAAGCAGCAGCAAAACCCCGACGGCGUUUCUCCCACUUGCGACGUCCCUUCUCCUCCAGACUCGCGCAAUGAUGACUUCCCUAUCCCUGAAAGUGAACAUGGCGAGGUAAACAUAUCCAACAACCAAGUCCUCCAACCAUUAGCCAAAGAAGACUCGCCAUUCCGAAUGCUUGACCCCAAGCAAGAGGACAUUAUCCACCGUCUACUCUCCACAAAAGGCAACCUCUCGUUUGAUCAGCUCUCCGGUAGACUCAGGUUCUUUGGCCCCACUGCCAACAGUCAUGUCUACGCCGAGACUUCGGAUCAGUUCGACUCUCAAGAGCCGCCUGAGCAAGUCCGUCGUGCUGAGAGAAUUAUCCGUUCUUUCAGCGUCGAGACCCACGACUACCUCGUCAACCAGUUCUUCGCCUUCUACAAUUCCGUCUUGCAGAUAAUUGACCGCGCCGCCUUCGAGGCCGAUCGCGAUUCGCAAGAAAAUUCUCCCAAGUUCUACUCCUCCUUCUUACACAUCGCCAUCCUCGCCAUGGGCUACCGUGUGGCCGACAUGGACCGCGAUGACAUGCGCAAGAUAACACUGGCUCCCAGAGAGAGCACAUUACAUCGAGAAGCCAAGUACAUGUUGGACAUCGAGCUUGAACGUCCCGGUGGGAUACCAAGUGUCCAAGCGCUACUUCUUCUAGGAGAUCUAGAGUGUGGAGUCGGCCGAGACAACACGGGUUGGAUGUAUUCAGGCAUGGCAAACCGGCUCGCCUUCGAUAUUGGCCUUCAUCUAGAUUGCAGAAGCAACGAAAUGCCAGAGCAAGAAAGCCGCAUUCGAAACAUGGCCAUGAGGGCUUGCAUUAUCUACGACAAGUACUGGGGUCUCUUCCUCGGGCGACCGUUGGCAAUCAAAAGCCAGGACGUCGACCUUUUAUCCAACCGGCUCUCGCGACUCACCUGGACUGGUUUAGAAGCCCCCAAACGCGACUUAGUUUCCGAGAUUUACGAGCAGCUCACCGAGUUGAUGGAGCUGGCCGGCCGGAUUGUGGAAACCCGCGACAACACCGUGUCUAAUAACGCUUCCGAGCAGUACAAUCUGUUCGCCAGCGGGGAGGCAGAAGACAAUGCCUACCUCCAUGUCAUCAACCUGGACAGACAACUCCAGAAUUGGUAUCGACGCCUCCCCGACCACCUCGCAUGGAAGCCCAGCAACAUCAAGAUGGCACCAUACAGCUUCUUCCUUUUACAUCAGCAGUAUCACGUCACCAUGAUACUUCUGCAUAGGCCCUGGGCUAAAUACGGCUCCAUCACAGGAGACGGUUCCAGCACCGGAUCGCACCCGAGCCCAGAUGGCAGCCACAUGCCUGUUGCGCCAGAAGCUGCUGGACAACGCUCAAUGUCGGCAACUGAGAAUCAUUCGCUGGGUAUGGGAGAUCCACACAUCGCCGUCCAUGAUAGUCGGACCUCCCUCUCCCGCAGCAUCUGCACACAACAGGCGAUUCGCGUCGCCCGCAUCUUCUGGCAGCACCGUCAGAGGUACGAUGGACGCAAGAUCUUCAUCCUGUCCGAUGCUGUUGGCGACAUGAGCCACACCUAUCACCCAGCAAGCAGAAUGGAUGACUUGCUCAAGGCCGUACUAGAACAGAUCCGCAGCAGCAUGGGAGAGCCUCCCCGACCUCGCAGUGGCAGUACAAGCUACAAUGGGUUCACGUUCAAUGGAGUUCCUACAAGCGUACCAAGUGGCGUGUCACUCAACAGUGACGGCUCUUCGUCCAUGAUCCCUCUGAGGCGUGAGGCUGCCGAUCCGGAGUUUGUGCAGCCAUUCAAGAAGAGGCGGCCAGAAGCAAGUCGAAGGGCGUCCGAGUUCAAUCGCCCGAGGCCGGUUUUCUUUCCUCCUCACGCGCAACCCACACCUCCAAGCUCUUGCAAGAGCCAGCUUGGUAGUAGCCUAAACCCUCAGAAUCACUCGCCACUUGAUUCAAUCCUGUUCUCAAUGGGAGUCGGCGAUACUUCUGGACAGUUGAACAUGGAUUUCAUGGGUAGCACUGCCAUUGACAUGGAUCAACACGAGGAUGUGCAUGAGGGUGUGAUGGGUAGGGUGGAAGGCAUGGAUCUGGUCAUCCCUUCAUCCGAAACGUGGGGUCUAGACGGCAUCCAAGAUCAUCACCUCAAUGGAUCAGUACCUUUCGAUCCUCCCACAAUUGAUUGGACACCGGGCCCUGCAGGCCUCAGUGCAAGUUCAGUACUGGGUCAGAGCGCUGCAAUUUCUUCCGGCAUCAUGUCGAGUGCACCGAACUUUGGUGUAGGCAAGGAUGUCAUUGACCUCGAGGACAAGGCUGCCAGUAACAACAUUGAUGGUAAAGAUUUGGUGAAUUCUGCAAAGAUGGAGGGAAACGGAGUAGAAUGGAUGGAUGGUGACAAUAAUAUUGGGGUGAGUCCCGCGAGCUUGAGUGGCUUAGUGCAAGGCACAGAUAAUGCGUCGAGCGGGGAUGAUGGAUCAACUGGAGGGACCAGGAAUCACUCAUUGGAUUUCUUUAGCUUCUCGUGAGAUGUGGCAUGAAGCGCCAGUUUAAUAUCUCGAAUAGUUUUGAUUGCGUGGAGUCCAAGGUGUCUUCUGUAUGGAUAGCGUGAACGAUAUUGCCUUCGUCCCCUUUUCUUUGGGCAAUUCUUCAACUUUUCAUUACACUUGCUCUUAAUAUCAUAUCGAGUGGUAAUAAUUUCUUACAGAAUUAGUAGAAGC